GGAACGACAGCAACCAUCAACGGUUACAAUCACAAAGGCCUUCUGCUGCCAUGGAGCAGGGAGCGAGCCAUGAAGGCAAAGGCAUGCAAGAGGCAGCCGCUAGAAAGGCCGAUGGCAAAAAACGCAAGAAAGUCAAUCACGCAUGCGUUUACUGUCGGCGCUCGCACAUGACUUGUGAUGCUGGUAGACCGUGUUCUCGAUGCGUCAAACGCAAUAUCGGCCAUCUAUGCUAUGAUGAGGCGCGGCCUGCCAAAACGAGCAAGAUGCGUGCAGAUUCAUCAACAAGUCCUCCACACAGCAUCAAGAGUCCUGAGCCUGCAAUGCCCAAAUUGGAGCGCGCUGUCUCUAGUGAGUUGAUGCGCCCACCGACUGCUCCGAUCUCAUAUGCAAAUGCUGCGCUAGAUACACCGGUGUUUCCAUCACAAAGUGUCCUACCCGCCAAUCUGGAUAAGUCAUUCACAAGCGACUUCAGCAUGCUCUAUGAUCCGAGCCUAUUCAGUGUUGGCUUUCAGAACCAGCCGCACUAUGCUCAGUUUGCAUCAGAGCAAGCUACCAGUGAAUUUCUCGUGCUCUCAGACUUUCUCAACAUCAUGGGUAGUCCUACCAUACGGCCAGCGAGUCCGCCCGUACCUGUUCCGAUACUCCCUUCCGAGGCAAAAGAGGAGGCCGAGUCUCGCGUUCCCUCAAGGCAGCACUCACGCGCAAACAGUGUCACGGCACCCAACUCUCAAAAUCCUUCAAAGCCAGGCUCUGUCAAUGGCAUCUCCGAAUCUGCCCAGGAAAAGUUCUUCUUGACUGCAGCGGAUCCAAAUCCUGAGAGUGCAGAAGAUCGCCUCAAAAGUGUCAUCAAUGCAAAAGUGGAAGCUGGACUCAUGAAACCAUUCAACUAUGUUCGAGGGUACGCCCGGCUGCAAAAGUACAUGGACGCCAACAUGUCUGCAGAGUCGAAGCAACGCAUUCUCGCGCCUCUUUCAACAUUCAGACCAGCAUUUCGUGCCAUUGCCAAGCGUUUGACGGAUGUCGACCUCAUUCUUGUGGAAGAAGCCUUUGAGCGAUUACUCCUCGACUAUGAUCGCGUCUUCACCAGCAUCAGCGUACCGGCCUGUCUCUGGCGCCGUACGGGCGAAAUUUUUCGUGGCAACAAGGAAUUUGCAGCGCUACUCAACAUUCCAGCAGAACAUCUGCGAGACGGCAAGCUGGCCAUCACUGAACUCAUGGCUGAGGAUUCUGCCGUCAACUAUUGGGAAAAGUAUGGCAAUAUUGCGUUUGACGGCGCCCAAAAGGCAGUCUUGACGAGUUGUUUGCUACAACUCCAGCGUGGUGAUGGUGUCGUCAGCUGCUGCUUUUCAUUUACAAUCAAGCGUGAUCGAUACAAUAUUCCAAGUUGUAUUGUUGGCAACUUCAUUCCAGUCAAGCUAGGUUGA